AUGAAUGUUUCAUUUACGGAACGUUUAAUGGAAUUAAACAAUGCUCGUGAAAGGUCACUUAUCUCGGAGGAAGAGUACUGCAUGUUAAGGUUGAAGAUAUUUGAUGCCUUUACAUCAACAUCGACCACUUCAAGUGUGUCAUUCGUAUCCCCACAAACUCAAUAUCCCCAACCUCAACAACAACCUCUUUCGCCUCCUAAUGACAAAUCGCAGCAACAACAUGUAACUUUCAGUCAACAAACCUUUAAUUCUUCUCCAGCAAAGCCACUUUCAGGUAAAGCGAAGAUACCAGCGGCGCAAUCAGUCCAUUCUUCAAAUGGCUCUCUAUCACCUACCCAACAAUCUCCACAAUCUCCACGAUUACUUUCACGUCAAAUUAACGAUACCAUUAGUAAUAACAUCAUGAAUGACUCUUCAACACCAGAAAACAUAAUAGGAACUAAUUCAGUUUCACCUACUAAUCAGAUAUACAUUCCUAAAAGAACACGUUCAAGUUUGGCUUCCCAUGCUCUUCAGGAAACCAAUAUUAAUAGUAAUGAAGAAUUAUCUGUAAAGACAACACGAGGAUUAUCGACGCUUUCAGAAUCUCAACACACGACUAAUACAAGUGCUAAUACAAGUGCUAAUACAAGUGCUAAUACAAGUUCUAAUACAAGUGCUAGUAUAAAAUCACCAUCAUCUCCACCACCCUCAAUGUCAAGUUCAAUUCCUAUUUUAAAGACAACAAUACGUGAUUCUUCUGCAUCGAAAAAGAAUCUUUCUAUGAAUCGUUCUACUCCAAUGGCUUAUAUUAAUCCUGAUCCUACUUCUUUAUAUAAUAGCACUAACAAUCAUAAUAUAACUACCAAUAACGAAUUGAACAAUGGUGAGAUUAAUAUUAAAAAUGAAGAAAAUCACCUUACUAACGGAAGAAUUACGAGCUAUGAUAACAUGAAUGUUAUGAGGCACAACGAUGAAAAUGUAAAUACUAACAACAAUGAUGAUAAUGGUGUGAACCAUACUAGCAUUAACAGUGGCGUAAUGUGCCACACUAGCAUAAACAAUGGUGUAAUGAAUCAGAAUGAUGAAAGAACUGAGAUGAUUCAAACAAGUGUGAAUAGGAUGAAUUUCAUGAAUAAUAUGAAUGGAAAUAGUGAUGACGACGAUGAUCGACUAGUUUCGUCGCUUCAACCUUUUUCCCAGUCUCAAUCUUCACCUCUACCACAACAAAGACAAAAUAUAAAUCCCGCUACUUUAUCUGCAAGGCAAAUUAGAUCCCGUAGUCUUGGUCCUAAAGUUAUGAACUCACUAAAUCGUGGCGGUGAUCUUGUUGAAACAGAUCAGUAUGAGCAAUCUGUACCAGAAGUUCCACCACCACCUUACUCACCACCGGAAUCAUCUCUCCGAUUCCAUCGUCGUCGUUCGUCAACUCCAUUCUUUCUAAGACCAAAAACUUCAGCCGAACUUCGUAAAGAACUUUUGAAAUUAACCGAAGAAUCGAAGAAAGAACAAGAUAGUUGGAGAAUCGAGGAAGCUAGGUUAAGAAUGCGAAUAAAUUCUAAGCCUGAAGAAAUUGAACGGGUUAAAAGGAAAAUGAGAGAAUCAAAUGAGAAAUACCGGAAAAAAAUUGAAGCUGUAACUGCAAAAUUGAGGCAGUUGAGUUUUAAUAACAUGGAUGGGAAUUAA